AUGGAGAGCAUUGGCAGCCACUGUUAUGUCUCUCCCUUCACCUUCAUCACCACCAGAAACUCUCACUCUCACUCUCUUCCCAAACUCAUCCACUUCAUUCCCAGACCACUCCACCAAUCAAAUCCACUCAGAAUCUCUCCUCCUCGUCGUCUCACUUCCUCUGCUUCUUCCUCCACUAUUGAGGAAAAUCUGAAGAAAGAAGAUGGGUUUGGAACGAAAGUGAAGUUAAAUGUGAGACUUAACCACCAAGUUAAGUUCGGUGAGCAUGUAGUUAUGUUUGGCUCAGCUGAAGAGCUUGGCUCAUGGAAGGACAAAAUGUCUCUUACUUGGACUGAAACUGGAUGGGUUUGCGAGGUUGAGGUUAAAGGAGGUCAGGUUUUGGAGUUUAAGUUCGUUACUGUUAAAAGAGAUGGUUCAAUGUUUUGGGAGUCUGGUGAUAAUCGUCUCCUUAGGGUUCCCAAGUGUGGAGCUUUCAACGUUGUUUGUCAUUGGGAUGCUACUAGAGAAGCACUUGAUGUUGCUCAGGAGGAGGUGGGUGAUGAGGAUGGUGGGGAGGAGGAUGUUGGUGAAGUGGGGAGUGAGAAUGGUGUGCAGAUUGGGAAGAGUGCUUUGGUUGGGCAGUGGCGAGGGAAAGAUGUUUCUUUUAUGAGUUCUAAUGAGCAUGGAAGCAGGGAAGUUGGGAGGAGUUGGGAUGCUAGUGGGCUUGAUGGUCCUGCUCUUAAAAUGGUGGAAGGUGAUCGUAACUCUAGGAACUGGUGGAGAAAGCUUGAAAUGGUAAGGGAGGUUAUAGUUGGGAGUGUUGAGAGGGAGGAAAGAUUGAAGGCGCUCAUAUACUCUGCAGUUUAUUUGAAGUGGAUAAACACAGGUCAGAUUCCUUGCUUUGAAGAUGGAGGGCAUCACCGUCCGAACCGGCAUGCUGAGAUCUCCAGGCUUAUAUUCCGUGAGUUGGAGAACAUUUGCAGCAAGAAAGAUGCUAUGGCAGAGGAAGUGCUUGUUGCUCGGAAAAUCCAUCCAUGUUUGCCUUCUUUCAAAGAAGAGUUUACUGCGUCUGUCCCUCUAACUAGAAUCAGGGACAUCGCCCAUCGCAAUGACAUUCCUCAUGAUCUAAAGCAAGAGAUCAAGCACACCAUACAAAACAAGCUUCACAGGAAUGCGGGUCCAGAAGAUCUAAUUGCAACAGAAGCAAUGCUUGAGAGAAUCACUGAGACUCCAGGAAAAUACAGUGGAGACUUUGUGGAGCAGUUCAAAAUAUUCCAUAAUGAGCUUAAAGAUUUCUUUAAUGCUGGAAGCCUCACUGAACAACUUGAUUCUAUGAAAAUUUCUAUGGAUGAGAGAGGUCUUUCUGCUCUCAAUUUGUUUCUCGAAUGUAAAGAGCACCUUGACGCAUCUGGAGAAUCAAGUAAUGUUUUGGAGUUGAUUAAAACUAUGCAUUCUCUGGCUUCUCUAAGAGGAACAAUUGUUAAGGAACUUAAUAGCGGCUUGCGAAAUGAUGCUCCUGAUACUGCCAUUGCAAUGCGCCAGAAGUGGCGCCUUUGUGAGAUUGGCCUCGAGGACUACUUUUUUGUUCUACUAAGCAGAUUCCUCAAUGCACUUGAAACUAUGGGAGGAGCUGUUCAGCUGGCAAAAGAUGUGGAAUCGAAAAAUGUUGCCUCUUGGAAUGAUCCUCUUGAUGCUUUGGUCUUGGGUGUUCACCAAGUAGGUCUAUCUGGUUGGAAGCAAGAAGAAUGUAUAGCCAUUGGAAACGAACUCCUAGCUUGGCGAGAGAGAGACCUACUUGAAAAAGAAGGGGAAGAGGAUGGAAAAACCAUUUGGUCCAUGAGGCUGAAAGCAACUCUGGAUCGAGCAAGGAGAUUAACAGCAGAAUAUUCUGAUUCACUUCUUCAAAUAUUCCCUUCUAAUGUAGAGAUAUUAGGAAGAGCUCUAGGGAUUCCAGAGAACAGUGUCAAGACCUAUACAGAAGCAGAGAUUCGUGCUGGUAUAAUUUUUCAGAUCUCAAAGCUCUGCACUGUUCUUCUAAAAGCUGUAAGAAAUACACUUGGUUCUGAGGGCUGGGACGUCAUUGUACCUGGAUCCACUUCUGGGACAUUAGUUCAGGUGGAUAGCAUUGUACCAGGUUCAUUACCAUCAACUGAUGGUGGUCCUAUCAUUCUAUUGGUCAACAAAGCUGAUGGCGAUGAAGAGGUAAGUGCUGCUAAUGGGAACAUAGCAGGAGUCAUGCUUCUCCAGGAACUGCCUCACUUGUCUCACCUUGGUGUUAGAGCUCGGCAGGAGAAAAUAGUCUUUGUGACAUGUGAUGAUGAUGAAAAGGUGGCUGAUAUACGGCGACUUGUAGGAAAAUAUGUGAGUUUGGAAGCAUCUCCAAGCCAUGUGAAUCUGAUACUUUCAUCUGAAGAUAGGAGUCUUACUCCCAAAUCCAAUGCUGACAAAACAACGGAUAAGAAGAGUGUAUCUGUAGAUGAUAAAGAUUCAAAACCUGUUUCCUCAUCAUCUAAGGAUAUCCCUAGUGGAGGAAUCAUAGAACUUGCUGAUUCAGAUGCAUCAACAUCUGGUUCGAAAGCUGCUGCAUGUGGUCUUCUUGCAUCUUUAGCAGCAGCUUCUACUAGAGUUCACAGUGAACAUGGAGUUCCAGCAUCAUUCAAGGUUCCAACAGGAGUUGUCAUACCUUUUGGAUCAAUGGAGUUAGCUUUAAAGCAAAGCAACUCAGAAGAAAAGUUCACAUCACUUCUAGAGAACUUAGAAACCGCCACACCUGAAGAGGGUAAACUAGACAACAUAUGUGAUCAAAUCCAUGAAGUGAUGAAAUCAUUACAACUUCCCAAAGAAACAAUCAACACAAUAAGCCAAGCCUUUCCCAAAGACACACGUCUCAUUGUUCGUUCAAGCGCCAACGUUGAGGACUUAGCUGGAAUGUCAGCAGCAGGACUCUAUGAAUCAAUCCCCAACGUCACUCCCUCAGAUCCUUCACUCUUCUCUGCUUCAGUUAGCCGAGUUUGGGCUUCUCUCUACACAAGAAGAGCUGUUCUGAGCCGUAGAGCUGCUGGUGUAUCUCAAAGAGAAGCUUCAAUGGCUGUUCUAGUUCAAGAAAUGCUUUCUCCUGACUUAUCUUUUGUUCUCCACACAGUGAGUCCAUCUGAUCCAGGCCGCAACCUCGUGGAAGCUGAGAUUGCUCCUGGUUUAGGUGAGACUUUGGCUUCAGGGACGAGAGGAACACCGUGGAGACUUGCUUCUGGUAAGCUUGAUGGGACUGUGCAGACCUUAGCGUUUGCAAACUUUAGUGAAGAGCUUCUUGUGUCAGGUAAAGGUCCUGCUGAUGGCAAAUAUGUUCGGUUGACUGUUGACUAUAGCAAGAAACGGUUAACGGUUGACUCAGUGUUUAGACAGAAACUUGGUCAGAGACUUGGUUCGGUUGGGUUCUUCUUGGAAAGAAACUUUGGAUGUGCACAAGAUGUUGAAGGUUGUUUGGUUGGUGAAGAUGUUUACAUUGUUCAGUCAAGGCCACAACCUCUGUAAAAAUCUUUUCUUUUCUGUUCUAUAAAGCGAAUAGAUAAUAAAAAUGUCAGAAAUCAAAUAUAUGUUAUAAUAUUUACAAUACUUUUUGGUAAAAGUUUGUGGAAUUAUCAGAAUUUAACUAUUAACUUAACUAAUAAAUAAUAUACUUGAG